ACGACGGCCGUCUCCCGACCGCCCGACGUUCGUGCUCGUUCCCGAUCGGACCAGUACGCGUAGUCGGCACGGUGCGUGCGGUUCGGGGUUGCUCGAUCGCGCAUGAGUGCACGCGUAUCUCCACCGUUCUCGCUCUCUGUCUCACUCCCUGUCGCUCCUCGCGUCGUCGUCACUCUCCCUCCUCCGCACGACGGGACGGACGAUCGGCACCGCGGAGGUUAUAUACUCGUGCGGCAGGAUGACCGACCCCGAAAUCGAGAUGCAUUACACCCCGCCGACGUCGGACACCAUCCAGACGAAGCCGUUCCCGAUCCGAGGUGAACGUGCGAAUUUCGUGAACAAGCCUCAUGUGAUCGCGAUGGUCGGUCUGCCGGCUCGCGGCAAGACCUACAUAUCCAAGAAGUUGUGCCGAUACCUCAAUUGGAUCGGCAUCAGCACGAAGGUCUUCAACCUGGGCGAGUACAGGCGGCACGCCACCACGGCCUACCAGUGCCACGAGUUCUUCCGUCCCGACAACAUAAAGGCCAUGGCGAUACGCACGCAGUGCGCGAAGGACGCCCUGAACGACGUGUGCCAGUGGCUGGAGAGCGGCGACGGCGAGGUGGCCGUCUUCGACGCCACCAACUCCACGGUCGAGAGGCGCCAGCUCAUACGCGACAUCGUCGUGCGCAAGAUGGGCUUCAAGCUCUUCUUCGUCGAGUCGGUGUGCAAUGAUCCCGAGAUCGUCGAGCAGAACAUCAUGGAAGUGAAAGUCAGUAGUCCGGAUUACGCGAAUAUGAAGAAGGAGGACGUGCUCGCGGACUUCAUGCUGCGAAUCGAGCACUAUCAGGAGCGAUAUGAGCCGCUGGACGAGGAGCGCGAGAGCGACCUGUCGUUCAUGAAAAUAUACAACACCGGCGAGAAGGUGCUGGUUCAUAAGCACGAAGGCCAUAUACAAAGUAGAAUAGUUUACUAUCUUAUGAACAUUCAUAUUGUGCCACGCACGAUUUACUUGACCAGGCACGGUGAGAGCCUGAUGAACCUCGAGGGCAGGAUAGGCGGUGAUUCGGACUUGAGCGAGCGGGGACAUGAAUACGGCAAGGCGUUGGCAGACUACAUCAGCAGCCAGAACAUACAGGGUUUGAGAGUUUGGACUAGCUGGCUGAAGAGAACCAUUCAGACCGCGGCUGACGUAAAGGCACCGCAGGAAAGGUGGAAGGCUCUCAACGAAAUUGACGCUGGUAUUUGCGAAGAGAUGACCUAUGAAGAAAUUGCCUCAAAGUAUCCCACGGAUUUUGCCGCGCGCGAUCAGAACAAGUUCUCGUAUCGUUAUCCGAGGGGCGAAAGUUACGAGGAUCUCGUUGCACGCUUGGAGCCUGUGAUAAUGGAAUUGGAACGUCAGGGUAACGUUUUAGUCGUCAGCCAUCAAGCGGUUCUACGAUGCUUACUCGCUUACUUUCUGGACAAGAGUGCGGAUGAAUUACCGUAUUUAGAAGUACCUUUGCACACCAUCAUGAAAUUAACACCGGUCGCCUACGGCUGCAAGGUGGAGCACAUUCGACUGCCCAUAGAAGCGGUGGACACUCAUCGGCCGAAACCAAAGAUCCCGGGAUAUCUGGAAGAGCGAUUUCGGGGGAAGGAGAAGGUACUACGCACGUGAUAACAACGAAUUUCGUAAAGCACGGGCGCAGCUAUUUCCUGACCGUUGAUAGAACCGAGACGUUGAAGCAGAGCAGAGAGAAUAGAUUCGGCAGCUGGCUGCCGUCCACACCCCUUCUCGCGUGCGUGAAUCGGCGCGCAUCCGAGCCCUUUUCUUCCUACACAUGUGUCAAAAGCGAUCGAGAGAGAGACGAGGCGCGAUCGGCGGCGAAUACCCUGUGAAACCCAUAGGCACAGAAUAACGGAGGAUCCUCCGCGAGGACGCAGGUCCCGGCGCGACGACCUCGCACACGCACACACACACACACACACACACAUACACACACACACACAUUGCGCGCGUGUGACUUUGUGAUUUUUAUAUUUUUUGAUUGGCAUCUAGAUAGGUAGCGAGAGAAGAGUAUAUGUGAUACGCAGGUGACGAUCGUCGACGAGAAGAGUCUGGGUGAGCGCGUGUACGCGCGUCGACACGCGCGUGGACACGGGUCUUUUAGACGACGGGGAUGAUUUUUUCCUGGAGACAAGUGUCUUGGACCCGCGCGUACUUCGAAGUGUCUGCUACAAUUCUUGCCGGGGAAAAGUUGUAUCUCGACAAACGCGACACUCACCACACGCGAUCGGUGUGAUAUUCACACACAGAACGAAAUCCCAUAAUAUCUUGCUCUCGUACGGCAGAUACUUCGAAGCGCCCGCACGCCGAAUCCAAAAAACAAAAAAACUGAUACUUCUUUUCUACAUCCAUAUUUCUCAAACAUCUCGGAAUUAUCGUCGGAUGCUUUUUAGAGCGAAUCCGAAGGAAGGAUCCAAAGUGUCGUAAAAAGUUGUGACAUUGAUAAUAAAUAUCUCGACUACGUAAAAGGUAUCGGGACAUAUAGUACAAUACCUUAGAAUUGCGAGUAAUACUUUCGAUCAAGCUAACGAACACACGUUACAACUGUCAGUCCAUAUUGUCUAACAUUAUACGUUACAAUCUUGUAAUAUUAAGUAGCUAAAUUACGGAUUUUGAUUAUGGAUAUGUAUCUCGAUCGAUGAGAAACAUAUAAUAAAUAACACAUGCAAUUUUA